GCCCCCCUCCACUCUGUUCCUGUACCACGUGACACAGAAAUCAUUCAUUUAAGGCAGCAGCCUGACAGUUGUUGUUGUUUUGUGCUCCUGCUGGCCCCGCCCACCUGUCCCUCCUAUAACAUCAGCCUUCAGACCGCUGUGCUGGCACAGCUGCAGACCUGCUCCUUAUCCUCACAUGGACCUGAAACAAGUUCUCUGAAAAUGGAAGCGAACAUUGUUGUUAUGGGCACAGAGAGUGUCGGGAAAUCAGCAAUGACUGUGCGUCUCUUGACUCGGAGAUUUAUCGGUGAAUAUGGAGACAUCGAAUCCAUCUACAGCCAGAGUUUUAUAGUAGAUGGGAAGGAUAUCACCCUGAAUAUCUGGGACUCACCUUACUCUCAGGAUUUGUCUGUUGAAACGUCACCCUUCCUUAAAAAGGUCCAGUGGGCCGAUGGUUUCGUCCUGGUCUACAGCAUCUGUGACAGAGCCAGCUUUAACGCCAUCAGCAGGCUGGUUCAGAGGAUCAAGUCCACCAAAGACUGCCUCACCGGGGAUAAGGUCCCCAUCGCGAUAGUGGGCAACAAAAGGGACCUGCACCACAGACGGACAGUGCUGAGUGAGGAGGGCCGGAUGCUGGCCCUCAACAUGGACUGCCUCUUCUAUGAGGUCUCGGCUGCAGAGAACUACCACAGCGUUUUCUCUGUGUUUAACAGCCUCGUGGACAGGAUGAAGGAUGCCAAGCUCACCACAAAGAGGCCUCUGAGGUUUAAGGGCCUAGUGAAAAGCAUGUCUGCUGUGUUUUCCAGAAGAAGGACAGAUUCCUUUUGAGAGCAUGAUGGAGAUGGAAAGAGAAGCUGGACAACGUAUCCGUUUAAUAAUUAUGUGAAAAGACUGAAUUAAAAAAAAGCCAUUAAACUUCAGAAAUUUUGAACUGUUUCAGAUUUCUGCUGUAACCCCAAACUAAACAUGGGAAAUGGCUUUGAACUUUCUGACCUGUAAAAAACUGUUUAGUGCAGAAAGUGUGUGUUAUGUUUAAUCUUUAUUUAUCUGUUUUUUUAUUUAAAAAAAAAUCGUACCCUGGUUUAUACUGUCUUUACACAUAAUUCUUCACGUACGAAGUUACUGAGAGAUGCUUAUACCAAAUAUACAGUCGUAAGUCAACUUUUUCCAAACAUCUGUCUUUUAAAGUCGAAAACUUCACGAGUCAAUUUAUACAUUAUUAUAUACAUGCAUUUUUUUGUGUAAUAAUGCAUAAAUAAUAAUAAAAAACACAUUUCCCUGUAUACAGUCUAGGUUUUCAAAGCAGUGAAAGUCAGUUUGGUUAAGGUGUAAAAAUUUGGUGCAGAGAAAGGAGUGCAGCCUGGAGAAUAAUGUCUGUCCUGCUAAAUUAGAGAAAAAGGUUGUGUGUUUUUUUUAUAUGUCUUUUGAAAUCCUUGAAUGUGAAACAUUAUUGUUUACAGCCACAAUAAAGAAUAAA